AAUAUAUAUAUGUUGAAAGUAACAGUGAUAGUAUAAAUUCUGAUGAUUAUGAACCUACUAUUAACUAUGAGUCUGAUGAUAAUUAUGAAUCUAUUCAUAAGAAAUCAGAUAUAGAAAUUCCAAUUGAUAAUUUAACAGAAUCAAACUCAUAUUCAUCUUUUGAUGAUUAUAAGAUUAUUGCUACUUAA